AUGGCAGACUCGUCCAACGCGCCGCUGCUUCAAUCGCGCAGCUCAUACGGUUCGACUGAUAAGACCUCUUCGCACCAUGAUAGUGAAGCUGCGGGAGAAAUACACCCGAGCCGAGAUGUAGAAGACGAUGUCCUCCCUGAAACGUCGACCAUUGGGAGGAAUUUAUCAUGGCAAAGCGCUUAUAUCCUCGUUAUUUCGCGCGUCGUCGGCAGCGGUAUCUUUGCGACGCCGGGAACAAUCGUUCAAGCCGUCGGGAGCGCAGGACUAUCGCUAUCGCUAUGGAUAAUCGGCGCGUUUAUCGCAGCUUGUGGUCUUGCGGUAUCGCUCGAGUUUGGAUGUAUGCUUCCUCGGUCGGGAGGCGAUAAAGUGUACCUUGAGUUUGCGUAUCGGCGACCGCGAUUACUUGCGUCUACGCUGUUUGCGAUUAAAUACGCGUUGUUUGCGCUGGGAGUAGAAGCGACGGAUGUGUUGAGCAAGAGUCUUGCCGUUGGACUUCUCACGUUCGUUUGCAUCACACACAGCGUUUUCCCCAAAGCAGGCGUCAAGAUACAGGAUGUGCUGGGCUGGAUCAAAAUCGGCAUCAUCGUCUUUAUGAUCCUCUCGGGCUUCUACGUCGUCAUCUUCCGUCCCGACACAAGCACGGCACCGCUUACGCACCAACUUGCGUGGGAACAUCUUUGGGAAGAGACGAGCUGGAACUGGGGCGUUAUUGCAACGAGUCUUUUCAAGGUGUUUUAUUCAUUCGCGGGGUUGGACAAUGCUGCGAAUGUUAUGAAUGAAGUCAAGCAGCCUGUGAGGACGUUGAGGUCUGUUGCGCUGACAGCACUGGGGACGGCGUGUGGAUUGUACAUGCUUGUUAACAUUGCGUACUUUUUGGUCGUGCCGAUUGAAGAGAUUAGAGGGAGUGGUGAGCUCAUUGCCGCUUUGUUCUUUGAGAGGUUGUUUGGGGAGAAGUUUGGAAGAGUUGUGCUCCCAACCGCUGUGGCAUUAUCGUCAGUCGGAAAUGUCAUGGUCGUCGCUUUCGCACUGGCACGAAUGAAGCAAGAAAUCGCAAGACAAGGCUUCCUCCCAUACUCAUCCCUCCUCUCCUCCUCCCGACCGUUCAACUCUCCCAUGGGCGGCUUCGUAAUCCACUACAUCCCCUCAUUCCUCGUCAUGAUCCUGCCCCCCUCUGAUUCGAUUUACUCUCUCAUCCUCGACAUCGACGGAUACGCCGCGCAGCUCAUCGGGCUAGCCGUAGCAAUCGGCCUCGUAAAGCUCCGCUUCCAACGUCCAGACCUCAAGCGACCGUUCAAAGCGUGGAUGCCCGCGACCGCCUGA